ACCGUUGGAUCGAUACAGGAAAACACAACCCGAAAAAUCGAAUGGCCUGCAGCAUGCUGGUCCCCAUGUGCAACGACAACUAGUACUACUAGGAGGGGUGGACCUUGGAUGCCAAUUUUUCCACUAAUAAAAACAAAAUCUUUUUCGUUUCUUGGUUGCUCGAAUUAUUCAAGAAAAUCGGCACUAUAAUAGUGAAUUUAUAUAUAUCUAAUAUUGACCAAACUCUUAAUAAUUUUGUGCAACAAAAUGAAUCUUAUCUACAAUGUCAUUGUCUUGUUCUUCCUAUUCAGCUUCAGCAAAACGGAAUCAGCAUCUCCUUUGGUAUAUUCCUGCAACGACGACACCAAAACAAGCAACACCACUCAAAUAUCAAGAAACAUCGAUAACUUGCUGUCUAAGUUAGUCGCCGGGGCCGUCCGAAAAGGGUUCGUCACAGCCUCCUCAGGCGAAGCAGAAGCUCAGGUGUACGGUCUGUCACAAUGCAGAGGUGACGUUAGCAAAACCAACUGCUCGAUCUGCAUCCAAGAAGCAGCAAAGGACCUACGUGAACAAUGCCCUGACCAAUCAGAUGCCAGAGUUUGGUUCGACUAUUGCUUCCUCACGUACAAGCCCUCCAAAUUCUUCGGACAAGUCGAUUUUUCUUCUGGCGACGGUAUAUACUUUUCGAAUGUCGAAAACGUGAAAAAUAAACGUGUUUUUAGCAGAAAACUAGGAGAGCUAAUGGAUAAGAUCACUUCUGAGGCUGUUAGGCCUUCGCAAAAAGGGUUCGGCAAAGGGAAGAGUGUGAUUUCUUCUCUUGUUACCCUCUAUGCUUUGGUGCAGUGCACCGAGGAUUUAUCGGGAAUAAAUUGUGCUCGGUGCGUGGGGACAGCGGUUGGUGAUUUUACGAGGUUUUGUAAUAACAAGGAAGGUUGUCGGGUUUUGUACAACGGCUGCUUUGUUCGAUAUGAAUUGUAUCCGUUUUUCUUUCCACUUUGAUUUAGAGGUCCUCUCUUUGGUGGCUAUUUAUAAUAAUAAGCCUUGAUUUGCUUUGUAUUGAAGUGGAAAUAAUUUAUCGGAAGGGUUUAUGGUUUAUCACUCUCCGA